AUGGUGGAAGAGCAAGCACCGAAUGUCGGCGUGGUCGUCGGUGUCGGUGUAGAAGAACAAGUGGAAAAUGAGCCAUGGAUCUUGGAUGACAGGAUGAAGGAGAUGAUCGUCAGUUUGCAACGACAUUGGCUCAACGACUACCAACAAUCUCGCGAGAAGCUGUUGAUUGAGUUGACCGAGAAGCUGCACCAGGAAUUCCUCGCCGAUCAGCAAAAGAUACGCACCGACUUGCUAUCGCAAUUCAAAGACGAGCUGGACACGACCCGCGCCGAACUUGAGGCGAAAUACCGUGAAUCGUUGAAGAUGGAGAUCACCAAAUUGCAAGAGAAACACAAGCGAGACUUGUCGACGAUCAAGAAGAAGCAAUGGUGUUGGCAAUGCGAGAACGAGGCGAUCUACCACUGCUGCUGGAACACCGCGUAUUGCUCGGUGCAAUGUCAGCAAAGUCACUGGGCGACUCAUCGAAAGUAUUGCCGAAGGAAGAAGCAAAAUCAAGGAGCAAAUGGCUCGUCGGCUGGCACUUCUGGACAAGUUGAUGGACAACCGAUGCAACCCGAAAAAGCCUCCGUUCUCCAGGCUCAA